AAUUGAUUUACACACCUCAAGCUCACCGACACCAAGUGCCCAAGCAGGCUGGGUCCUGUUUUACCCUGUCAUAUUCCAUCUUGCAGACCUUCCCCUUCUCAACCUUGUCAAACCCUCUCCCCUCCCAACGAUGGCAUCUCAGACAAGCUCCCUCUCAUUAUCGAUAUGCCGGACCUGCCUCCGACGAACGGCGGGUAUGCGACUGGGAUUCGCGCCAGCAGCAGGCAGACCAGCAUUCUCAACCUCGUCACGAGUGACUGCAGGCGCUUCCAGCAACAACAAAAACAACAACAGCCAAGGAAAACCUAUUGUCUUGGAACGACCAGACCAAUUCCGGCCGCCGUCGCAUCCAUCGCGACUCGGUCGACGACGACCCACACCUGGUCCAGCGGCAUAUAAUCAAGGUGCAACAAGAGAAGAGAAGGAGAAGCAAAAGACCAGAUCAUAUCCCCAUACGUUUCCAAAUCAAGGGACGUUCAUGCAUUGGUUUCUGACGAAUCGCGCGAUUCAUCUCUGGAUUACGAUGGGUACAUUGGUAAUCCUCGCAUCCAUAACGCUGACACAAACCUUCCUGAAAACCUCUCCCUAUGGACACUUGAUCCCACCGAUAUCCCAGUUCUUAUUUCAUCCCAUCAACUACAUUACCGAAUCUCUGUCGAUUAUUCGGCUCCAUAUUGACUACACGACGGAAAAGACCAACGCGUCACGUCAACAGAAGAUUCUCGAUGCACAGAAACGGCGUUUGUAUCGUCGGGCACAUGGAAUGGAGGAUUUGAAUGCCGAGGAAGAGGAGGGGAUUGAUGUGAGAGGAAUUGCGCCGUGGGAUGAUGGGUUGACGAAUAAAGAGAGGGCGAGGGGUGGGAGAGAAGAGAGGGUUACGGGGUUGGAUGUUUUGAACAAGGGUGGGAAGGUGGGUGAUGAUGUUGAGGCUUUUGCUGAGAAGAUGAAGCAGAAGCGUGAUUUGGAACAUCAGGCUCAAAGUGUGGAGAAGGUUGGAGAGGGUGAGGGUGACGGGCAAGGUGAAGUGCCGCCGGCGCCGCAGCAGCAGAGGAAGAGAAAGUUGUAUUUUGGGCUCUGGUGAUGGACGUUCUCAUAUUGAAGCUAUGGCCGUCACCGGAUUAAUGGGAAAGAAGCUUCCAUCUUGGGUUUGAUGGACCAUGAACGCCCACCCAAGAGCUGUUCAUCUCUUCUGGGUACCUAGGUAUCUACCUCUCGUCUCUCAUCGCCCUCGAGCUAGUCUCUUAGCCAAACUGUACAAUAUAUGGCCCUCUAUGACUUAUGUGCAUGCUCUUUCCAUGUACAUCCUAGAUGCUGGGCAUUAGGGGAAGGGACAUGAUCCCCUUCAG